AUGCCUGAAACCUCCUCACCUGCACUAGGUCUGUCACCCCCACACAUGCAAGUGCGGACCUGCAACUUGUGUCGUCAGCGCAGAGUCAAAUGCGACCGUCAGGUCCCACGAUGCUCCAACUGCCUGCGGUCCGAAGGUAAAUGUGUCUACCCACCCGGUCGGGGCAGGGCGCCUAAGAGGCCAAGGCGCGGUGUGGACCCUCGGCUCCCGGAACGUCUGUCCCGCCUUGAGAGCAUCAUCAACCAGUUUGAUGCAGCUACCCAGCAGAGUCAUCAGGCUCAACAAGACUUUCACGUCCGAGAAGCGAACGAGACCCAUCCAUUUGAUCUAGACUUUAGUCGUCUUAAGGUUGAUGAGUCUAAAAGCUACUACGUGAACAAUGCCCUUUGGGUCACAUUAUCCAAUGAGGUUGAGGAACUCCGUGACCUUGUAUUUGAGCCCGCGAGCGAAGAUGAGGCCCCCGAACCGGCGCCGUCAACAUAUUCCUCGCAUUCUUCAUCCACUACCAGCACUGCCGCCAGCCGUGCUUCCUCUCAGCUGGGGCUGAAUGCCGCCAUCUUCGGCUAUGGAGCCACUGCCUCUUCCCUCCAGCAUCUCCACCCCCCUUGA